CAACUGGGUGAAGACACCUUCACCUGGGCCAUUGUCUUAAAGGAAGUUGAUGAGGUUCUCCAGGAUUUGGAUGUCAAGAUCAAUGUCACUUGUGAUUUCAGUUUUGCCGAUAACCUGGCCCGAUCUGGGGAAUAUUCUACAGGAGGAGAAGGCAAUCAAAUUCAGGAGAUGUCAAUUAUCCCGGAAUCUACCCACGAUGACGUCCUUCUUCGCGUGAUCAAAGCGUCCUCGGGAGAGUCAGUCAGCGAGGCUGCCAUUGGUAGUGGGGUCAUGCUAGAGAUUCAGUACGCUCUACAACAAGGUCUGUGUCAGGUCUCUGCUUCGUCUGUCAAGUCUUUCCUUGCCACUGAGACGACAAAAAUCAAGACUCCCUUUUUCAAGCUGUUCACCUUUGAAGGCGAGACAUCUGUGACCUUCCGAU